CAAACGCCCGUCACUUCAGCCCCAACCAUGGCCACAGAGCGAUACAGCUUCUCUCUCACGACUUUCAGCCCUUCGGGGAAGCUGGUGCAGAUCGAAUAUGCCUUGGCGGCCGUAGCAGCGGGAGCACCAGCCGUGGGCAUCAAGGCGAAGGAUGGGGUCGUCCUCGCCACAGAGAAGAAGCACAAGUCCAUCCUGGUGGAGGAGCAUUCCAUCAUCAAGGUGGAGAUGAUCACAGACCACAUCGGCAUGGUUUACAGCGGUAUGGGCCCUGACUACAGGCUUCUGGUUCGUCAAGCAAGGAAAGUUGCUCAACAGUACUACCGCACAUACUUAGAACCCAUCCCCACCCCACAGUUAGUACAACGUCUGGCAGCAAUCAUGCAGGAGUACACACAGUCUGGUGGUGUGCGGCCGUUUGGUGUAAGCCUGCUCAUAUGCGGCUGGGAUCUAGAUCGGCCGUACUUGUUCCAGUGUGAUCCCUCAGGGGCCUAUUUCCCCUGGAAAGCCACAGCCAUGGGCAAAAACUUCAUCAACGGGAAAACAUUCCUUGAGAAAAGAUACAAUGAAGACUUGGAGUUGGAUGAUGCUGUCCACACUGCCAUCCUCACCCUGAAGGAAAGCUUCGAGGGGCAGAUGAGCAGCGACAACAUUGAAAUCGGCAUCUGCAACUCACAGGGUUUCCGAAGACUGACACCAGCUGAGGUCCAGGACUAUCUGGCCAAUAUUGCAUAAUGUGUAGUUUGUAUUGUAUCUAAUGAACUUUUGAGUAUGUAAGUCAGGAGAGAGUAAUCUUUUUUUUUUCAUUGUUUUACAAGUGUUUUUCCUUGGUUGAAUUUACAACAUAGGUUUCUAUAAGCAAAGGUACUGCCCACUGGCUAUCAUCUUGCACCCGGUGGAAAAUCCUGCUAGCAAGACUUGAUUGUAAUUGCUGCUGACAUUUUCAUAAAUAAAUUAUGCUCUCUUGUAAA